UUAUUGAGAAACCCUGUGGCUGGCUGCCAAGAAGCUCAGUGUUUCACAGAGAUGGCAGUGGAUAAGCAGGUGUUUUGACAUAUGAUUUGAAUGUUGGUGGCUGAUCCAGUUUUCUCUCACAGGAAGACAGCCCUCAUCUAUAGACGGUCGAGAGUCAACAUGCUGCACGGAGGUUUUGCUGAGUGACACAACGGUAGCCAGGGGCCGGAGAUGGAGCCAGAAAACAGGAGAUGCUGUAGUUGGUCACGACGCCAGGGUUUCCUCCUCGUCCUGGUGUUGGCAGCAGUUUUGUUUUUCUACACCACCGACAAAACGGAGAUAAUGUUGAACUGGAGCCCAGUAAAAUGGUGGAUUCCAUUUAAAAGUCUGAGACAAAAUGUCGUCUCUGGUUCCAACACCAGCACACCUGCACUUCCUCAUACUGAGAAUAUCAUGACAACCAAUGUGACUGAUCUGACUGGACAGACAAAUGGUUCUGUGGCGCUGACUCAACAGAUACAGGCACCAACUGACCCGGCAAAACCGCCUCCUUAUAAAUCUCCGGGCCUGUACUUUGUGGAGUACCCCAACGAGUACCACUUCAUUAUAAACGAGCAAAACAAAUGUGAGCAGCAGAAGCCUUUCCUGGUUCUGAUGGUUCCUGUGGCGCCCAGCAACAGGGCGCAUCGCGACGUCAUCCGCAGCACCUGGGGAGGCGAGAGUCAGGUUCUGGGCAAAGUGGUGCAGCUGUUCUUCCUGCUGGGGCGGCACGCCGGAGAAAGAGCGCAGCAGCUCCACGAGCAGCUGAUGGAGGAGAGCCGAGAGCAUCGGGACCUGAUCCAGAGCGACUUCCUGGACUGCUACAAGAACCUGACCAUAAAGACCAUGGUGAUGCUGGAGUGGCUGGACUCCCACUGCUCCAACGCCGCUUAUGCCAUGAAGAUUGACUCGGACAUGUUUCUGAAUGUGCCCAAACUCAUCGAGAUGUUGUUAACGGCUCCAAAGACAAACUACAUGACCGGAGAAGUGGUGAGAGGAGCUGCAGUCCGGAGAGAUAAACCAUCCAAGUGGUUUGUACCUGUGGAGGUUUACUCUCAGGCCUAUUACCCAGUUUACACUUUGGGUCUGGGCUACGUCUUGUCUCUCGACCUCCCUAAAAAGCUUGUGGAGGCAUCCAGACAUGUUAAAGCUUUUUACAUUGAAGACGUGUAUUUGGGGAUGUGUAUGCAGCACUUGGGCAUCCCUUACACCCAAAGCGGGGGUUAUUUCCACGUAUUUCCUGUGUCAUACAGUCGCUGUGCGUACGCCAGGCUAAUAGCCACCACUAGAUCUGAAAACACUGAUGGAGUGGAGGUUUGGAAAGACUUUAAAAGACCGGGUCCACAAUGUCCAUAAACAGGAUUUAUUCUAUUUUUACCUCCGCCGAGGCCGAAGGCCUAGGAAGGAGGUUAUGUUUUCACCGGCGUUGGUUUGUUGAUUUGUUUGUUUGUCCGUUAGCAGGAUUACUCCAA